UUGAGUUCUUCUUCUUCUCAAAACACAACAGAAACAUCUGAAACAGUUGUCCAAACAGCACCAGAACAAGUUUCACAUAGUUUUACAAUUCAAGACAAAUGUCCAACAAUUGAGUUCUUCUUUCUCAAAACACAACAAGAAACAUCUGAAACAGUUGUCCAAACAGCACCAGAACAAGUUUCACAUAGUUUUACAAUUCAAGACAAAUUGUCCAACAAUUUGAGUUCUUCUUCUUCUCAAAACACAACAGAAACAUCUGAAACAGUUGUCCAAACAGCACCAGAACAAGUUUCACAUAGUUUUACAAUUCAAGACAAAUUGUCCAACAAUUUGAGUUCUUCUUCUUCUCAAAACACAACAGAAACAUCUGAAACAGUUGUCCAAACAGCACCAGAACAAGUUUCACAUAGUUCUACAAUUCAAGACAAAUUGUCCAACAAAUUUGAGUUCUUCUUCUUCUCAAAACACAACAGAAACAUCUGA